UAUCAGUGAUUUGAGUUUUGCGUCGCCAUUCAUCGUUCGAUUCUGAAACGUUUACCCUGUAAUACGGUAAAAUGUCCAAUCAGAAAAAGAUCUCCAGUUUCUUUAACACCUCAGGCACAAAAAGGAGAGCAGAAAAUGCCGGAGUAACGACAGAUUCGCCCCAAACCAAGUCCUCCAAGACAGACGAUCAGAGCUCGCCUACGUCGAAUCCGAGACCGGUAUCAAAUCUCUCACCUGAGCAGAGAGAACGCAUGGAAGCCAACCGAAAGGAGGCAGAAAAGAGACUACUUGCCAAUAAAAGUCCUCAAUAUUUUGGAGAGUCUUGGAGAAAUGCUUUAGCGGCAGAGUUUGGCAAGGAAUACUUUAUGAAAGUAAGCGUAUAAAGAUGUGUGGAAUUAAUAGUGAAGCUGAAGCUUUCGAGGCGAUGUUAAAAAUUAGUCAAAAUUGAAUGCUUUACUUUCUUCUUUUUUAAGCUUUGUAAUUUUGUAAAGGAAGAAAGAUCUCGCAAGACUGUCUAUCCCCCAGGUAAGAAAGAAAACAAAGUACUUUACUUGUGGGAGCAGGGGCGGGGGGGGGGGGGAGGGGGAGGGUGAGAUUGGGACUGAUUGCUCAUUGUCCACUGAUUGUACAUGUUAUUCUAUGGUCAUUGAAGAUAAACAUACUGUAUACUAUUUUUCAGUAUGAAGGGGUGUUAAGAGUUGGGGGGUGGGGGUGGGUGGGGAUACUAGCGGGGGACAGAUUUUAAUUUAAGGGAAGCACUAGCAUACUUAAUUAUUUUAACCUCGAGGGAUGGAGCACUUAUUUGAGGUUGGGCAUUAAUUUGAGCAUUUACACGUUAGACACGAAGAAUGUAUGAUUCACCUCUGAAUUUCAAGUUGACUGAUUUCUUCCUGCAAACCUCAGGGCCACAAACGAACAAAGCUGUCACUAUAGGCAGGGGGCCAGGAAUUUCCACAGCUCCUAUGAAUGUAACACCGAGCUCCUACCAUAGGACGCAAGAGCAAAUAGAACCCCCCAAAAAAUCACAUAGUGAAGCAUAGUGUUAAAGCAUGCCGUUUUGGGCCGGUAGGUCUUUACAUCAAGUACUACUAUAAUAAUAAUUAUUAUUUGUGGUCUUGACGAUGACUUGCUAAUAACAAUUGCUUGUUUCUUCAUUGCAGAAAGGGAUGUGUUCACCUGGACUCUGCAGUGUAAUAUAAAACAGGUACCCAAGGCUUGUGCUGCCAGAUUUCUGAUUUGUCAAACUUUUUGUACUUCCCGUACCAUUGCAAAGAAUUACUUCUGCCCCACUGCAGCCUAUUGCUCCUAGAAAUUAUACUCUGUCUUUAUAGUUUUUUUGUUAUCUGUUAAGAAGUCUUGUCUUUGUUGAAGAGGAGCAAAGAUAAUAGGUAGAGGGAGGCCUGAGUAUCAAAGCACCAACCACCCUUUUCAUUCACUUCUUUAUGUAGAUGUUAUUGAAUGUUGUUUCUUGUAUUUCAUUAAGGUUAAAGUUGUGAUUAUUGGCCAAGACCCUUAUCAUGGACCAAGGCAGGCACAUGGUAAUAUUCUUAAUAUAAACACUGUGGUUAAUAAAUAGUGUAAAGUUCAAUUUCCUCACUGAAAUCCCUGUGACAAAGCAGGGCAAGGUAGUGACGAUCAACAUUUUACACUUACUUUCUCAUGUCAUCAUCAUCAUCAUCAUCAUUAUCAUUAUCUCAUCAUCAUAAUUAUCAUCAUCUUUAUUUGUUCAGGAUAUUAGGUCUGGAUCAAGUUUUGGAUCUGUCACUUUUGUUCUCACUUUGUACAUUUAGUACAAUGCAUUUGUACAAAUAAUGUUUCUUUCUUUGUUGUUUUUUUUUAUAACAGGGCUUUGUUUCAGUGUUCCCCCUGGUGUUGCUAUACCACCAAGGUAAGUUGAAGCAUAUACUGUACAGAGGCUUGCUAAAAUUGCAGAUCAAUUCCCCAGAAAUAUAGGUGAAUUUUAAAGUAGACGAAAAAGAGUAACCUCUAAGUUCAAACCUUAGAAAUUUAUGAUUAAUCAAUUUACCAGACUUUAUUCUACAUGUUAGGUUUUUCCUUUUUUCUCUUCUCAAAACUAAUCCUUUCAUGGGUAGAAGUCUAGCAUGCAGUGGGUAGUUUUGUCAGAAGAGGGAAAGCACAUGAUACCAUACCUCUUUGUGUUAAUUUUUUGGCAGGUAAGAGUUUGGUUUGGUCAAGAAAAUAUCAUAGGAUUGGUGUAUGUUGUGUACUGUAGGGUGUACAGUGUAUGCAUAUAAUAGGCAGGUAUACAUGUAGACAUUUGUUUAUGGGCAUCUUUUAAACUAUAGUUUAGUGAACAUCUACAAGGAGCUGACCAAUGACAUUGAAGAUUUCCAAGCACCCAAGCAUGGGUAUCUGAUGGGCUGGGCUAAGCAGGGUAGGUACAGUGAACAGUGCCAUGCAAUACUUACAUGCCAUUAUAGGCAUCAACAAAACCUGGAUUGUAUCAACCACAUAACUCACUGUUCCUUGAAAAGUCCUUGAAAAGUCCGUAGAAAAUGGUUCCAAUUUUUUGUAUGAACCCUGCUUUUAGGGAUAGGGUUACAGGGGUUGAUUUGAUCUGGCUCAAUCCAGGUUUGGCCAAUGGCCUUCCAUUAUAAUAUAAUUAAUUAAUAAAUCAAGAAAUCAUUGAUGCAACAAAUUUUUUUUUUUUUAAUGUCCUCCUCUUUAGGUGUUCUGUUGUUAAAUGCAUGCUUAACAGUUGUUGCUUCACAAGCAAAUUCACAUAAAGACAAGGUACAGUAAAACUAACGUAUUUUUUUCAUUCUAUACCAGUAGUUAAACUAUCUAGUAUAUUCUAACCCAAUAAUUAAACUAUGCAGUUGUAUAUGUUGUGGUUCAAUUUUAUCCUUGGUUGAAAUUUUCUUUUCUUUUGUUUUUGGGUAUGGUAAUGUAUGAUAAUAACAUGAUAAUGAGUUUCAAACAAAAGGAAAGAAAAUUUGAACCAAGGAUAAAAUUGAACCACAACAUAUACAUCAUGUGAUCAAACAGGAUAACCCAAACUUCUGCUAGGUUGGUUAAAAAAUAUAAAAAAGACCCAUGAAAUUCAAUUAAACUAAAAAUCAAUUUACUGAUAUGUCUUCAUUAAUUCAGCCAUUACAUAUAUUUAGGAAAUAUUAUUCUCUGAAGAAUUUCAACAUAAUAUUUUAGGGUUGGGAAAAAUUUACAGAUGCUGUGAUAAGAUGGAUAAAUUCCAACCUCAGCAGUGUGGUGUUCCUGCUUUGGGGUUCAUAUGCUCAGAAGAAAGGCAGCUUUAUUGACAAGGUAUGGGUUAGUUUAAUGCUGCAGCUACCACAAUUGUUCACAUUUACAGUAGUUUUCUUUUGUUGCAGAUGAUUUGGUCACCAAAUUGUCUAGGGAAGAUUAAAAACACAUUGCAUUAACAUUACCCCACACCACAACCAAAUCAACUUAUUAUUGACCUUAAUCAAGGCUGUACUCUAAGAAAAAUUGUGAAAGCUAUGAAAUCCAGGGUGCCCAAAGUGUGAUUUCUAUAACAAAAACUUAGGUUUUCCUAGUCGCCCAAGAGCAAAAUUUUGGUGCCAGGGACCACCAGGCACUGCCCUGCCUUUAAGACAAUUAUAUUUAGGACAAGGUUACAACUUCAGUCAGAAAACCAGACAUUAUUUCAGACAUAUUUCAGACUAUAAUAAUGAUGUCUAUUAUAAAGUUAAACACAGGUUAAAGAGGCUCCCAUACUAGCCAUUUCACUCUGUUAUCCCUGUGGUGCAGAUGGGUGGAUGGACAGAUGUACGCUCAUGUGACUACCAAACUUUCUCAAAUGCACAGAUAACCAAAUUAUCUUACCCAUGGUGCUCCGCUAAGAAUGAAAUCCUUUCAUACCAACUCCCCAAGUGAGAACAUUGCAAAAUAUUUGAUACUUAGAUUACAAUCCAUCAUCCAAUGGGGAACUGGAUUUAAGGUGAGGGGGAAAUGUUACCUUAUUAUUUUCUAGACAUGACAUUACUGUUUGAAUUUUGUUCUAUACAGAAGAAGCACUGUGUAUUAAAAGCUGUCCACCCAUCGCCUUUGUCUGCUCACCGUGGUUUCCUGGGCUGCAAACAUUUUUCCCAAGCAAAUGAAUAUCUAAAGAAAAAUGGGAAGAAACCCAUAGACUGGUGCGAUCUUCCUGCUGAUGAGAAUAAAGUUUGAUUCAUUUGGAGUCUUUCUCCAGGAUUUACAGAUCUUUACACCCCAGGUGAAUCCACAGGUUUGGACAGAAACUUAAGAUAAUAUUAAAGAAAAACUUGAUAGAUGAAAUACUUCAAGUAUAAAGUGUUUGAGUGACAAUGUAUCACACAAUAUCAUAAAUUAAAAACUGGAUGAUAUGAUGAUUUUCUAAAUUUAGUGAAAACAUUAGUUAUAUAAAAAUAUGAUAGAGGCAUCGUCUACAGGUAUCAAACCAGUCUAUCUUUGUUUAAAUUGGAGAAGUUUAAGUUGUAAACGUUGUUGUUUAAAGUACUAACGCAGAACUGUAUUUGGUUCUUUAAAACGUUCUUUUGACAUAAAGAAUUCCCAAGACUGAAGGUUAUUACAAUGAUGGUAGUAGAAAAGUUAACAGUAUCAGGAAAGGAGUCAGUAUAGCCAGUUUUCUCUUGCUCAUGCUGGUUAGGUAUUUACUGUGUUGUAAGAGAUUUCAAUCAACCUUUUGAGCCCCAGUAUCCACAUACCAAUUCUCCAAACUGAUCCCUAUACUUUUCCUUAAAGAACGAGUUAAGAGAAUUUGAUAAAAUAUCAAAACAUUUUCU